AGCUGAGAGCAAGCGUCACUAACGUUACUGGAGCUAACGUCAAUGUUAGCGAGCAGCGGCUGGCAACAACAACGAAAGUGGCACAUGGCGUAAAACCUCUACGUGACCUGCGAACACCUGCGGGCGCCGAGGCCAGUGUCGAACUGUAGUGUAUGUGCGAGUCUGGCGAGCUAACGAGGCGCAGCAGCUAACGGCUUUGAAAUGCGUAGUGUAAAGUCACAGCGCGCCAAGUGGCACAGACGCGUGUAGUGGAGCAUCUACGCACAACACAGCUCGGGUCCGAGCAGUAAAAGCUGUGGACGGGUCAGAGGGGUUGCAGUGCCGCUAUGAGUGAGGGGAUGGACAGUUCCGCAGUGUCAGAGGGAAAAGUGGAGGACCAGCAGAACACAUCACAGGAAGAGCAGUCGAGCCACAAUAGGAGCAGCAACAAAAUAUCUGCUGUAGGGGAAAUCCUUGAGGGAAAGCGAGCAAAGAAAUGUGUUGAGAGGCUUGAUUUACAGGCACCCAAACCAAAAGAGAAGCUUAAAUUUGGAGAUGGUAGCGGGGAGAAAUUGGGAGACAUUCCACGUAUAAGCUUCCAGAUCAACAAGAUGAAACCAGCUGAUCUGAAACCUCUGCACGCCAUUGUGUUUGACAGACCAGGAAAGAUCGCCAGGUUGAAGAAGAACUUGCGACUCUUUAAUGGCUUCUCUUUUGAUGCAGAAAGUGAACAGUUCAUUAAGAGACGUGAAAAACUUCUCAAGAAUACACAUUUCACCAACUCUAAACUGAAAGUUGUCUGUGGUGUAUUGGAUCUGGAGAAAAAAGGAACUCACCUGGAUCUCAUCGACAAGAUCCUGAAUUUCCUCAUUGCACCAAAAAGCAGCGGAAAGCGUGUGCCUGUAAAGAAGAAGAGGAAAUCGAAGAAAAAAUUGUCUGACGAUUUAAGUACAAAAACCAAAAAAAAGAGCAAAUCUAAACAGAGCAGCUCGUCAUCUAAUCCUAAAAAAUCUAAAACCGCAAGCAAGUCCAAAGCCAUAGUUAUGGAUUCCAGUAGCGACGAUGAGGAAGAGGAAGACGAGAAAGCUGGGGCUUCAGCUGAAGCAGAGGGAUCGGAUGCAGAUGAGAAACAGUCAGAGAAAGAAGGGGAACAGUCUGACAAGUCAGAGCAGUCUGAGAAGGAGAGUGAAGAGUCUCCCAAAUCAAAUUCCAGCAAAGGCAAAUCUGUACCCAGGAAAUCUGCGGUAGUAAAACGACAGAGUACACCAGCCAAGAAGACGGGUCCUCCUAAAAAGAGAGCGAGAAAAGACCUUUCAGAAGAGUCUGAGUCGGAGGUCAACAGUGAAGCUGACGAGAAGCCCAAAAGAAAGAAAUCUGCUAAACCGGCUGCCAAGACAAAGAAAGCUGAUAGCAGCAGCAAUAGCAAAAACACAAACACAGCAGAAGACAGUUCAGACGACGACGAGCCGCUCAUCAUGAUGAUAAAGAAAGCACCGAGUGACGAGCAGCUGAAGGAGACGGUGCAGAGUCUGUUGAAGGAGGCAAAUCUGGAGGAGAUGACGAUGAAACAAAUCUGCCAGAGGGUGUACGACACCUUUCCAAACCACGACCUGACCAGCAGGAAGGACUUCAUUAAACAGACCGUUAAAUCUCUCAUCACGUGAAGAUGACACAUACUUCGAGGGAAAACAUCAGCUGAUCAGACUGAAAAGCUUUUUCACUAGUCUCAUGUUUAUGUUUAAUUUCUAGAUUUUCAGAUUAACUGAAGCGGUUUCAUCGUCUGAAGGACCGAGGAGUUCUAAUGAUUCGUAAUUUGAUUCAUUUAUUACUUUCAUUUCAGGUAACUGAAAUUGUUUGUUUCAGAAGUGAUUGUUUGAGGUAAAGAAGCAGUGAUUUAGAUGUUAAAACCUUUCAUCUAAAACAUUACAUUCAUUUUUGAAUUAAUGUGUAAAUACGUUUUUAAUAACAAAGUUUCUGAUUAAUAUACAUUUUGGCUCUUACUGUUCUUUUAAAACCUUUUGGAUUGUGCCCAAUCAUUUACUUAUCGAUUAAAAUUCUUCCCUUUUGAACUAAA